UGCGUAUAAUACUAGAGCUUGAGGGGGUUUCCGGUUGGUCCCGUAAUGUCACCCGCUACCCUUCUCGCCGUCUACAAUCUGUUGCUGACUGUGGCAGCACAGCAGUGGCGACUGAUACACGAAUACCCGGCCGCGGAGAAAAACAACUUUACCUUCGUCCGCCUGACGUGCACCGAGCACAACGACGAUUUCCAGACGCCCCUGAAGAACGCGACGUUCAUGUGGAACGUGGGGAACGACUCAGAAGAUGUGAUGAUGAUUCGCACGAUGAGAGCGGAGGCUGAUGAUGCAGGGAGCGUGACGAUAAUGCUGACGCAGGAGUACGAAGGGAACUACACAUGCGUCGGCCCUAACGGAACAUCUGACGCCGUACCUCUGGCCGCACAACCACCGAGUUUCGGCAACAUCACUGUCGUCAGUAUCACUGUCAGUGAUAAACAAGAUGUCGUGCUGUCUUGUCUAAUCCAGCCUGGGAGACAUAAAGAUAAAUACCAUGUCACCUGGAAACAGUUCAACAGCGACAACAAAGUUGUGAUUCUCAGCACAGAAUCGUUCAAUAUAUCAGUCAAUACGAGUCUAUCGAUGGCAAACAAUGUGGCAUAUUAUGCCUGCGAGGUCAAAGUUGUCUACGAUGCAAGCCACAGUGCGUCUUAUCCAGGAGGGAAAUUCCGGAUUAUGAUGAACUAUGAACAUGGAGAUCCAAACGUUACUAUUGCUAACAAAGCAGGAAGUGACAAUAAAGAGCCACACCAUAGUAAGGCUCUCUCAUUAGAUCAGUCUACAAUAAUUUUGCUGGCAGUUGGCAUUUGUGGAGUAUGCAUAGUUCCUACUGUAGGGAUUGUGGCAUUGAUAGUCUUCAACAGGAAAUCCAAGCACACUGCCAGGAAGUGCACCACCACAAAGUGCACUACUAGCACUUCACUCAGAGGGAGUUAUGCCAAGGCAAAAAGCCACCGAGAAGUACUUUCUACGACAGAGCAAGGGCUAGCAAGCAGGGAGCAAACACUUGCCUUAACGGAACAAGAGCUGCAACUGAGGGAGCAAGGACCUACACCAAUGGAGCUGGAAGAGAUAGAAAGACAGGCCGAGGUGUCCUCGCACCAAGUACAAGUCCAGUUUGAACUAACCAGCGAUGACGAUGACAAUGAUUCUGACUCUGCACGAGUUGUAUCUUCGAUGAAUGUGUCCGACGACGUGUCUUUCUCGCCGGAUUUCUACGGCAAUAAAACGAGUGUUUCGACUCCCUGUUUUGAGUAUGCCCUCGAAACACUCUCGCAGAAUGCUCCAAGUCAUCCCAAAGCACCUGCUGCUCUAUUGGAGCCCUUUUCUCCUCAAAGUAUUGCACUGUGUAGGUCCAGUGAAAAUGAUGGAUCUUGUAGAAAUCUCUCAGACAGUGAAUGUACCAAUCCACACUCUCAGUGUCACCAACUUCGCAUGCAAGCACUGCUGAAUCCCAAACAAAUCCGACAUUCGGCGAUCGUUGGUACCAAUUCUGUGAAAUGUAUGGCUCCCGACUUCACGCAUAGGACGUAUGCUCUACAAGAUUGCACAAGCAAGGGGCUCAUGCACACGGACGAGGAGUUUGGAUUCGUUAUUGAGAUUCCUGAAGGGGCCGUCCCCCAAGGGAUGAGGUUGACGAUAGACGUUGCCAUCUCUCUCCACGGGCCAUUUCGCUACCCUCAGAAGGUUCGGCGCAUCUCUCCCAUAGUAUGGGUCUGCGUGCGGGACUCUGACAACUUUCAGUUUCGAAAGCCGGUAAAGGUAUCUCUGCAACACUGUCUCAACGUUAACCAAUCGGACGACCUGGAACUCACUGGGAGUCCGGUUUUUAAAAGCCGGGCACUCGUGCGACGAAUUCGGCCUGUACAGUUUCCAGCCAGCCGAUGGAACUAUGGAACAAGGGGCACGGGAUGAUUACCUCACCCUCUUAACAACUCACUUCUGCUAUAUGUGCCUUGUGUCUAACGAAAGGCCCGACACCCAGGCAAGAAUGAAGUACUGCCUAACUACGUUCCACCCCGCCCCUGUCUUCCAGAAAGAUAACGACAAAAUCCACAUUUAUGUUUCGUUCUUCCUCAACGCGUGUCUCGUAACCAUCAACAAACAGUGUGGCAAGGGUCUUAAGAAGCUGCCUCCACGUGGAUUUCACUUCACGAGAGACAACUGUCUCUCUAUACAAUUUGAAGAGCCAGAGAAUUGGCUACUGGCUUUGGAAUCGAAUGAAGAGAUCACAGCAGAGGAUGUGGAUUUCCAGCACAAGGAUCCCCAGGAGUUGAUCAUGGAGGAGAGGGAAGGAAUGUAUCCACCAAAGUUCACCGUCAGAGCGCAUCCCCUGCCUGAUGCCCAGCCGUCUAAAGUCCGUUUCAAUUUCAGCGGAGGAGAAAAGAGAAUGGCCAUGGAUAUCUUACUUCUGACUGAAGCCCAUAGAGGUACAGCUGAGAGAGUGACACAACUUCAGCUACCAGACCGUCGGCGUUCCUCCAGUCCGUCUGUCAGCCCUGAACCCUCUCCCACGAGAGUGUCUUCUCCUCUGAGAGCCCAAGACUCGACCGUGCCGCUCCACGCCUUCAUGGAGUACGUCGCAGUCCACGCCAGAACCAAGUGGAGGUUCUUUGGAAUCAUGGUAGACAUACCGCCAGACGUCCUCGACUCUUUUCCCGGACACGACUGUCUCCAGGCAUUUUCGCGCGUGUUUGAGUUCUGGGUGCGGAGGGCAGACCCUCUCGUUACCUGGGAAGCAAUUGCCAGCGUCCUGGAGUCGGACACGGUCGACGAGAAGAAAUUGGGGGACGACAUUCGGAGGAAUUUCGUGCCGUGCGUUCUCCAGCAACCCAGAGUCAUGGAUCGCAGUGUUUCGACCUACUCCAGACAGACGAGGUCCACUGAUGACACUGGAUAUGGGUCCCAGCAAUCUAGGAGUGAUAGUGCACCCACGAUGAGAGUCUCCGACGUUUAGCACUACUAUGAAAUGUUUGGAAGCAACUGUUUAUUUUUACCAUUCUGUUUUAUAUCUAUCUAUCUCUUUCCUCUGCUCAAAAUCAAA